AGCCUCCAUAGAAAUGGCGGCAAGUUCUAAACAAUUAUUUUUGGGGCUUAUUGUUCUGGUUUUGUUACAGAAGAAUGAAGUUUAUGCAGCAAAACUAAAUGCCCCAAAAGUUCUUUUACCUUACUGCAGUUCAGUUGUUGCUAACUAUACUUUAGAAGUCGAGUUUUCUCCAGAGGAAUCGAAAUCGGCAAAUUGUUACAGAUGGCGGUCCACCCGACAAGAUGUUGCCCAAGUACAGCUUAUAGACAGUCCAGAUGGUGAAUGUUCCAACAAAGCGGUCGUGUAUGUCAUCUCAAAAAGUGCUCACCAGAUGACCACAGUGGUGCUGGCAGAAAACUGGGUGACGGGUGAGAUUCUGAAAUGCAAUGUGAUUGUGGAUGAGAUAUCUAAACUCCUCAUUGAUACCACCACGCGACUGCUCUAUCUGGAAGACUCGCCAGAAGAACUCACUGUUCGAGGGUACGACACUGAAGGAAACAUAUUUUCCAGUCUUGAAGGACUGAUAUUUGAAUGGAGUUUGGUGUCGGACACAGAGACAGGGCAAGCUGUUAUGGAUGCCCACAAUAUUUUACGAAUCAAAAGAUUUGCUGAGUCACAUUAUACAGCUCCACAUCAUAUUGCUACACUAGAGCAGCGUGGACUACAAGGGGACACAAUUCUGGUGGAGGGAAUCCGAACAGGAAGUGCUAAAGUCUCUACAAGACUCAAAGAUUCUCAGUAUAAAAGUUCUGUGCCGAUUGACGAUGUGCGCAUCAUGGUGAUUGCCAACCUGAUGCUGAGUCCACCGGAGGCGUAUGUGCUGAAACACGCCCAGGUGAAGUACUUGGUUGAGCUGCUGAAACACAACAAGCUGACGGAGAUCAAGAUGCCGUCCUGCCAGUACUACCUGGAGGUGGUCGACGCCCUCAUCUGCAAGCUCAACAAGAAGACGUCCAUCGUCACCGCUGAGGAGCUUGGCACGACCGAGAUCGUGCUCAAAGACAAGAAUAUUCAUGUGACUGAGUUUUUCCGACAACCUUCUGCUGUUCUUCAUGUGGUGAAUCCAGGAUAUUUGGCAUUUGUCGUUCUGCCUACCAGAAAGUGGGUGUUGGAGACUGGACGUGAAUAUGAAGUCCUCAUUGAGGUGUAUGACAAAGACAGUCACAAGAUAUUUCCAUCAAAUAAUCUUAGGCUUACUGCAAAUUUUGUGCCUUCCUAUUUCAAAGUACUGUUUUCGACGAAUAAUGGAACGUACCAUCAUGUGAAGACUCUUAAGAAAGGCUACACUGACAUUGACGGAGAACUGAAUUCUGUCAUUAGGGAGGAUGGUUCAGUAUACGAUAUAUUUCCAAAGAUCAAAGGAAGCCAAGAAGUGGAAAUCUAUGACCCUAUAUCUGUUACUCCACCUGUACUGUUCUUUCCGUGGGACCCGGUCACUCGCUGUAAUCACAAGUACAAAAUACAGGCGUCAGGGGGCAGUGGUGAGUAUGUAUGGAGCUCCGCGGACAGCAGUGUUUCGACAGUCAACAUUAAGGGUGAGGCUGUGACCAUGGGACUUGGUACUACUAACAUCACGGCUGCUGAUGCCAAGAAUUCCGCCCACACUGGGACUGUGACCGUUCAUGUUCUGCCACCACAUGAACUGGUGUUUCCUCCUUCCAAAGUUGAAGCUGUGAUCGGGUCCAUGCUACGACUUCCCCUACAGGUGUCAGCACUGUUUGAAGGAGAGAAAUUGACUUUCUUUGAUUGUCGCAACAUGCCACUCAACAUAACAUUCAGUGAUAACUCUGUAUUUACACAAGAUUCAGGUAAGACAUCCAUACCAGCGGAUGGUUGUACAACACUUAACUUCAAAGCUGUUCGUCAAGGUCACACAGAGGUCACUGCAAGAUAUCAGAUUGGGAAAGUUACUCUUCAAGCAUCUCUGACAAUUGCUGCGUACAAUCCACUCAAGCCGGUUGAUCCAGAGACGGAGACUGUAAUAGUGGCGGCAUCCUCCAAAGAAGUCUUAUUCAAGGGUGGACCUCAACCGUGGGUGUUGGACUCUUCCAAGUACUUCCAAUCAUUGUCAGGCGAGAAACCAACAGUGCUUAUGAUAGAGAAAGUGACAGUGUUUAAUGUGAACAGAGGAUUCCAUGCAUUCACUGUACUGUGCAAGGACUUUGGUGAUCAGAGACUUACACUGACUGUGGGAAAUCAUAAAACUGCCAAAAACCAGUUUCCUGACUCAGCAGAAGCCAGUAUUAGAUUUAUGUGUGCCAAGCCUGUUGAGCUACAUCUCCUACCUGUGAUGCAUUCUGAUCCAUCUCUACCACCAUGUCCAGUUACCCAGGAAACACACAAUCCAAUCCCAAUUCUUUGUAACAAAGAGAGAGAUAUCGAGGUGAUUGUGACAGACAGCAGUGGGCGAAGGUUUGACAAUAUUUCAUCUCUAGCCAUUGACUGGACAAUCUCCAGCCGCAAUCUUGCUACCAUCCCGCAACCAGCCAACCUCCACACAGAUGCCAACACUACACCUGAAGGAAGGAAAAUUGUUAAAGCAUACCAGAAGCUGGUUCCCAACGGUAAAACGGGCAGUGUAAUAGUCACAGCUACAAUAAACAGCUACAAACAACACAGUCUGAAGGUGGCUGGGAGCUGGGUAGAGGCUCACAUUCAUCCAUCGAUAAGCAAAUCACUGGAGCUGCAGUUAGUAGAAAAAGCUUUUAUUCAUCCUGAUACAGUAUCUGUUUUCAAUCAUCCAUCAAACAAGGUUGAGAUGGAAGUCAAUCAUGGGUCUGGAUAUUUCUACAUUGAAGAGUUCAAGUCGCACAUCUUGUCUGUUAAAUAUGAUAUCAAGUCUAAGGCCAUCUUGAUUCGUCCUCAGAAUGAUGGCUCUCACAGUUUCACCCUGUAUGACUUGUGUCUGGAUGUGGUAGAACACCCCGUGGCCACGGUUCAUAUCGCUGGUGUGGGCAGCAUUCGAGUUGUCACACUCGACAAGGUGGAAGUUCGGAAGGAGUUGUUAGUGCGUGUCCAGGUUCUUGACAUUCAUGGAAACAUGCUUCUCUCAAGCCUCUUCUCUCUGAUGGGUCUCAAACUGGAGCCAUCUUCGCAGAUCGUUUCUCUCAGACCUACGGUUGGAGAGAAAGACGACAAGGUUACUAGUCUCUAUACUUUGUAUGGUAGUGCGAUUGGUCACACAACGCUGACUGCGAUGGCCAAAUUACCAAAUGGACAGGUCAUUUACAGUUCACCCACUCCAGUCGAAGUUUUUCCACCUUUACGGCUGGAACCCAAAAAUAUUACUAUCAUCAUUGGAGCCAAAUUUAAGGUUUUAGCAGUAGGUGGUCCCCAGCCACAAAGUACUGUUGAGUUUUCUAUAGUGGAUGGAAAGAUAUCAUCUGUAUCAUCUAAUGGCCUGCUUGAAGCUCUGACACUAGGAACAACCAGAGUGAUCGGGAAAGCUGUCGGCAAUGACCCCUUGACGGGUGAAUUGGUUGUAUACUCUCAGGAUGAAGCUAUUGUAAAUGUUGUGCUGUUGAAAGGUGUUCGAAUAUUUGCUCCUUUAACUCGUCUACAAACUGGAACUAAGAUGCCUGUAUACGCCAUGGGAUUAAAUGAACAGGAGACGCCAUUUUCCUUCGGGAGUUCAGUUCCUCCACUGAGUUUUACCUGGUCUGUAAACAGCCGCCAAAUUGUCACGCUCAAACCGGUAUACCACAAGAGUGGGAUUUGGCUUACAAAUGAGUACAAUUUUGCUCAGCAGUUAUUUGCUGUUAAUUCGGGUCACAUGACACUGAAGCUGGAGGUGGAGCCACUAAAAGGAUAUGAUAAAGUACAGAUUCCAGGAAAUGUAGUUCUCAAAGAUGAAGUCCAGAUUCAGGUUUUUGAAAAGUUGACCAUGCUGAAUCCCAGUGUGUGUGAUGGACAGAUUCUUGUAACUCCAAAUACUGAAACUGUUAUUAGAACAAACAGGGAUUUAGAUGCACAGGUGAACUAUGAAGUGUUUGGUCAGAGUAAAGGCAUUGCUAUAGUCACAGUGAACAACAAUGGUCUACUGACAACUGGUCCAAUACCUGGCACGGCCAUUAUUCACAUCACAGCACAAGAAGAGUUUGGUAUUAAUCAAACAAUGGUCAUUCUCGUCAAGGUGAAGACUGUAUCAUACAUGAUGCUGAAUGCAGACACUGUACUGCGGACAACAUCAAAACACCUCACCAGCAUUCCCGUGGGAACCACACUACAGUUCUCAGUCAGUUACCAUGAUGACCUGGGCGAGUCGUUUUAUACGACAAACUUACACCUGAACUUCAGAUGUAGCAGAUACGAUUUGCUGCAUGUUUCCAAAGGUAAUGACAACAGCACAUUGGUGGUGAGGACCAUUGAACCAGGACAAACUAUUCUAAAGGUGUGGGACAAGCAGAACCCAUGGAUGGCGGACUACAUAAACAUUCCGAUUGGGUUUGCCGUCUCCCCGUCACAGGCUCACUUCACACUGGGUUCCGUCAUCUGCUUCAACACACCCCUCGUCUCGGAGACAGGUCAUUUUGGAACAUGGAAGUCAAGGAAUCCCUCCAUGAACAUUAAUUCAGAGAAUGGCAUAGCAACGGCAGAACGACUCGGCAAAACAAGUAUUGUAUAUAAUGUUUCCACCGACAUCACUACGUACAGGGAGAUAAUUGUGCAGCCUAUAUCAACAGUAACCCUUGCAUGUCCAGUAAAAUACCUCACCAAUGUGCUUGGAUCUAGCGAUGCUGUCAACUUUCCAGUGAUGUUUCGGAAAUGGGCCAAACAUUUUUGCUUCUUCUGGAGAAUUGUUGUAGUUGUUCAGGUAGUCUCCCUCAGCUGCUGUGAAAACUGCAGUGCCCUUGUGAAACAGAAGCACUAUACUCCACCCAGUGUGCCCUUCAACUGCCAUCUGGAGUUUACAACUCACAUGCUGGAUAUUAACAUUGACGAGGUCUUCCAUGUUUUUGCAGCAUUUGACACAGAUAGAGCAGAGCACGUAUGUCGUGUAUCACAGGUCAUCAACAAGCAGAGUCACAAAAUGAGCACACUGAACACACAGGUUCACCUGAAGGCCACCGUUUUCAAUCAAGGGGAACAACCACAGGUGGAGUCACUGCCAGUUACUGUUGAUUUCUAUCCAGCAUUCUAUGUGCAUAACGAAGAUGUCAAGUUAACAACAAUAGCACCACUGUCUUCAAUUCGAGUGUCGACACUUUCUUCACAGGCAGAAUCCAUUGAGAUAUCUGUGAGUGACUCCUCUCUUUUGAUGGCACUGAGUCCAGAACAAGACAGCCAAUCAGGAUCUGUCAUUUUGUAUCCAAUCAGAUUACUGGAAUCAUUGUCAUUAUGGGAACGUGAAAAUCUGGACCUUUGGAUUGAACUAACUGGAACACUGACUGGACAGAAAGUUGAAAUUCCAGUGUAUGUUAAAGUGAUUGGUGAAAAACCAGGUUAUGAACAUCUGAACAAGAAUUAUCGGGAUGUUUCCUGGAGUUAUUUGUUGCGUAACUUCCUGUUCGCAUAUCAGUCAUGGUUUGCUACUCUUGUGAUUGUGCUUAUUACUGGGGCUGCAGUUCUCUUUGGUUAUCAGAUUGUUUUAAAAUCUCGCUUCCAAACUGUACCAGGCAAUACUUCAUUUAUGUCAAGCGGUCAGCUUGUCCAGCACAGUCCAUCUGGUUAUUUGCAGAACUCACCAAUGUCAGGUUCUCCGUAUCCAAUUCCCUCAUCACCAACAUCACCAAGAUUGUGGUCCGUGAACUAUAACCAACAAGAUCGCUCCCCACUGCGCAGGUCGCCAUACUACAAGUCCUGAUGAAACAGUUGGCUUAGUUUUUCUAAUAGACUUACUUCUUCCAACAAACAGUAAAAUUGACAGCUGAAAAGAAUUGCUAUAGAUCAGGCAAUGUGUUGGCUACAAGACUUAGCUGGUUGAACAAAACUGCCAUUUAACCGAGAAUAUGUUGAUACAAGUCUUGCAAAUUUGAAAAGGAUUGCCGUAAGUCAUGAAGAUGUUAUGCAAGUCUUGCAGAUUGAUAAUGAUUGCCAAUAAAUCCUGGAAUAUGUUAAAAGUUACGAGACUUGCCAAUUAAUAAGGAUUGCCAAUUACCUCAAGUUGUGUAAUAUGUGAGAAAUACAAGUUUUACUGAUAAGGAUUGCAGUAUGUGUCAUGGACAUGAUGGACUAAAUACAGAUGAACAGUGCUGGAUUAACAAUGUGGCAGGUAUAGCAAGUGCUGUGGGCCCCAUGCAUUUAAAGAUAUUGCACACUGACUUUUUAUCUUCUUUUAAAAAAAAAAAAAUUCACAUGGUCACAUUAUUUUUAUUAAUUAGUGCUACUGACUGCAGUUAGAGGUUAUUUUAUUUUUUUCAGUAUGUAAUCCUAUGGUAGUAUUUGAGGGGUUUUCGUUUAUUUUUGUUAAUAUGUAACAUUUAGUAUAGGGAUGGACAUUGGUAAUGUGCUACCGGCUUGCUACGGGCCCCACAGCUGCAUAAUGCGACACUUCAGAUGAUUUGAUGUCAUCAAUUUGUGUGCAGUGUUUUCUACAGUUUCAGCCUUAAAAACUACAGGCUAUAUUAAUAGUUGAAUUUCCUUUUUUUUAAAAUGUUUUCCAAUCAUGCAUGGUCAAGUAGUCAUCAAUAUUGGUACAUUCCCCAUACACUAGGUUUAUUGGUUUUUGUCAAAUUUGUUUUCACAAAAUUCAAAGUGAAAACGAAAAAAAAACCUGUAAAUGAUUUGAUUGUAAUUUUUAAUGCCAAGCUUGUGGAGGAAUAUGUUGACCGAAAUAUAGACUUACGUGAUUGCAAGAGACAAUUGUGAUUUUAUCAAACCGGUGGUUACCAGGGUAUUUUUAGUGUGAAUCUGUGAGUUGUGAUCAACAAAGCUUGAAUUUCCUUUCAUUUGUGUUAUAUGACAUUGUGAUGUACAAAUAUUUUAUAUGGAUAUGAGUUAUUUCACAGAAUGAUUAAUAUCUUGUUCUUGGUGUCUUUAAUGGUCAGGGCUAGCUCUGGCAGUCGCCAAAUUCGCCAGUUGCAAAUUUCGAAAUCAAGUGGCGAAUUUUAUUUUAAUUUGGCGAAAUAAUUGCAUGAAAUAAUUAACAUUUUGUUAAAAAAAUAACUGAAUUUUCUAUAAUUUUUUAAGUUUAGUAGAUAAUUUGACGAAAUGUUUUGCUGACCCAGAGCCAGCCCUGAUGGUAAAUAAGACAUUAUUAAACAGUAUGUAUAAGAGGUAAAUGAAGUCAGCAAUUUAUAAAAACAGUCAUGCUAUUCACAUAAAAUGUUCAGUUGUUGAGUACCAAAUCGAGAUAAAAACUUAUUUUUUGACAGUGAUGCUACCUGGUUAUUUAGUGCAACCAUUAAAUACAUCACUAUGUUUUUGCCUUGUGGAAUUUUGCGUGAUGAGCAAAGGAACAAAAUGUGAUGUAUUUUAUUAUCUAGACCUGUGAAAUCAGAGUUACACGUAUAAUAAUAAUAAAAAAGAACGGAGCUUUAAAUAAAAUAUAUUGUCCAAAACAAUCAGCAUUAUAAUCAAAUGUUUUUCACAAUGACAAUAUUUCAUUAACGAGUGCAAGAUCAUCAUCGUAGUGCAUUUCCCCUUAUUUCAAUAGACCGGUCCGAAUAUCCCAACAGGCAAUGAAAUCACUAUCAUUUUCUAUAUUCAUUUGGGUUUUACAUUUUUAUCUUUCUAAUCUCACUUUUUUUUUUGUUUCAUUCAAAAUAAACACCUAAAAAAGAAAAAGUUACUUUUGUUUAAAAGUCUUUUUGAUCUAAUAAUUUCAUUGUUUCCUGUAGGGAUUGUGUAGAAUUUUAAUUCUUAUCUUCAAGUUUGAUACCGACUUUCAUUUGCUACAUUAUGUAUGUUUACAGUUUGUUUCUUUUUUCUGAAUUCAUCAUAUUUACCCAAUUUGGAUAUUACAUGUUUGUUACAUGUUGUAAAUAAAGCAAGUAGUUGUAAAUAAUUUAAAUCAAACAUUAAUUUAGAUACAACGUGAUCAUUAUCAAGACUAAAUAAUUCUGCUAAAGUAAAUUGUGAACUGGUGUUGUUUUUCUUGUGCAUAAGUUUUUAGUUUUUGUUUUUUAAACUCUGGACCCAAUUUACGAAGCCUGAUUUUCUUAAAUGCAUUAUAAAUGUAUGUAGUUACACGCGUGUAAGACAUUAACUGGCUUUGUGAAUUCGGCUCUGUAAGUCUUUCAUUUUCAUGUGUGUGUGUGUGUGACUUGAAUUAAGGAUGUAAAUUAUAUUGUUUGUUUUUGUGAAAACAUUUUCAUUUGUCGCCAUAAAACAUCUCUGAGUUUGAGCUACUUUCUUAGCAUGAGUCUUUUGAAGUUAAGUACAUAAUUAUUUUAGAUAUAUUAACGUAUUCUUAUAUUAAUUAUUUGAGAUUUCCGUUUUUAAAACAUAUCUCCUGUCUUAUUAGCUGAUCACUGAAUGUGAAAAUAAAACCAUUGAUGGCAUUUCCAUUUCCAACAUAUGUCCAAAUUCUAGACUAAUUUAUACUUUUUGUAUUUUAAGUUUCUGAUACUGAUCCAAUUGACAAAAACGAUAUGAUUUUCUUAGCUUGAUUAAAUUAAAAACUCAACCGUUAUGUUCAUUGUUACAUGACAGCACUUUGAGCUGCAUUUGCAGAUUCUGAUGUCAUGCCAAGUUAUAGGUUUUCACAUGACUAGAUGGCUCACAAGACCAUCAGCCAUUAAUAUAAAAUGAUAAACAACAAAAACAGAGAAGCUUUAAAUGUACCUAUAUCCUUCAUCAUCAUUGUCAAAAUAAUUUCAUCACUUAGCCAAAAUAUAUGUACACAUUGGACUUUAUACUAAUAUUCACAAACUUUUGUUUGUUUUUGAAUUGGAAUUUUGAUGGAGUACUCCGUACUUUUGUAGAUGUAUUAAAUUGAAUUUUUUGUA